UCUGUACCAAGAUCAACUCUGGAUCAACAAUUAAUAAUCCAAAGAAUAGCAAUCAGUCUAUCAGUAUCAAAAAUAUUUCAAAAUUAAAACAUCUAUACUUACAAAACUUGCUCCGAAAUAAUUUAAUGGUGAACAGCUGUAGACCAGUGUGACUCACUAGAUGUAAAAAAAAUGAAAUUUAGCAAGUCAAAGUCAAAGGAACAGUUUUACAACUGUGAUUGUUGAUGUUAUUGUUCUUUGCAUAAAUAGGUAUAUCAGUGACUUGGAAUUAAGUAAAUGAACAUUUGACUAGUAAAAAUAUACAAAAGAAAAUCAUGGCCUCGAGGUUUAGUGGAGCACUGCAAUUGACAAACUUAGAUGACUUUAUCACUCCCUCGCAGGAAUGCAUCAAACCUGUAGAGAUAAAAAAAUCAAAGAACAAGCCAGGAACAAAGAUAAAAAUUCAGGAUGAUGGUUCCUAUGCUGAAGUACUAGAGAGUGGCCCCAUCAAUAAAUUGCAAAAAGUAGAGAUAACAUUGGCAGAUUGUUUAGCUUGCAGUGGUUGUAUAACGUCUGCCGAAAGUGUUCUUGUCACACAACAGAGUCAAGAAGAGCUUUUGCGAGUUUUCAAAGAAAAAACUGAUAAGCAGAAGGUAUACCUGGGAGAAGAAAACGUGAAAUUCAUAGUAAUAAGUUUAUCCGUACAGCCAGUACUAUCUUUGGCUGAGAGGUAUAAUCUUACACCAGAACAGACUGUACUCAAGUUGGCUGGUUAUUUUAAAAGUAUGGGUGCUGAUAUGGUUUUAGACAUGACAAUUGCAGAGGACUUCUCAUUGAUUGAGUCUGCCAAGGAGUUUGUUGAAAGAUUUAAAACAGCAGAAGAGGGUUCUAAAAAUCAACUGCCAAUGCUGGCUUCAUCUUGCCCAGGAUGGGUUUGUUAUGCUGAGAAAACUCAUGGGAAUUUUAUUUUACCGUACAUAAGUGUUACAAAGUCUCCCCAGCAAAUAAUGGGAUCACUUGUUAAAUACCAUUUAGCUAAUAUGAAAGGUAUUUCUCCAGAACAAGUGUAUCAUGUGACACUAAUGCCUUGUUAUGAUAAAAAACUAGAGGCAUCAAGAGAAGACUUUUACAACAAACUGAAAGAAACCAGAGAUGUAGACUGUGUAAUUACUGCAAUUGAACUGGAACAGAUGCUGGUUCACCAUGAAAAAUCUUUGCAUGAUAUUGAAGAUCAAGAGAUUGAAAAACCGUUUCAACAUCAAAAGAAAGAAAAUGAUGAAGUUUUAUUGGGUCACCAAGGCAGUGGUUCUGGUGGCUAUGCAGAUUUCAUUUUUCACUAUGCUGCCAAAACUUUAUUCCAAGAAACAAAUGUGAAAUUAGAAUUCAAAAAUUUGAGAAAUCCAGAUUUUCAAGAAGCAGUCUUGGAAAAAGAUGGUAAAGUUUUAUUAAGGUUCGCCAUAGCUAAUGGAUUUAGAAAUAUUCAAAAUCUUGUGCAAAAGUUGAAACGCGGAAAAAGUCCUUAUCACUACGUUGAAGUGAUGGCGUGCCCAACAGGUUGUUUAAAUGGUGGAGCUCAAAUUAGACCUCAAGAUGGCACACAGCCGCGUGAACUAGCCCUCAAGCUUGAAACCGAAUACUACAAACUUCCUAAAAGUAAUCCCGAAGAAAAUCAAGUUGUCAAUGAUUUAUACAAAUCAUGGCUAGAGGGUGAAAACUCUGACAAGGCUACAUCUUACCUUCUCACCAAGUAUCACGAAAUCGAAAAAAUGAACGCAGCCAUUUCUAUAAAGUGGUAA